UGAGACUGGGGUCUUGAUGAACGGAACUGAACUGAAACAGAAGAAAGUAACGGAUUCAAGUUUGACUCCGCCAUGAAAACACCGAAAGAAGAUGAGAAAAACCCAUCAAUAUCGAAGACAACAUCGGCGAUCAUUGUCGAAGAAUGGAACGGCACAACCUCAACUAAGCUUACCAAGACUGCCACCAUCUCUGUCUCCUCUUCUUCUUCUUCUCUUUCAAUACAAAAAUCAAGCAACCCAUUCACUCAUAUCUCUGGCAAAAUUCUCCAAGCUUUUAUACCCGAGGGGUUUCCAAACAGUGUGACUCCAGAUUAUGUACCCUUUCAAGUGUGGGACUUGUUGCAGGGGCUUUCAACUUAUGUGCGGAUGAUGCUGUCUACACAGGCCCUUUUAAGUGCCAUUGGUGUAGGAGAGAAAUCAGCUACUGUCAUUGGGGCUACAUUUCAGUGGUUUUUGCGGGAUCUAUCAGGAAUGGUUGGUGGCAUUUUAUUCACGUGUUACCAGGGUUCGAAUUUGGAUAGCAAUGCCAAAAUGUGGCGGUUGAUUGCAGAUUUCAUGAAUGAUCUUGGAAUGUUGAUGGACCUACUCUCUCCUUUACUCCCAUCAGCAUUUUUGUUCAUUCUAUGUUUGGGGAGCUUAUCAAGAUCAUUUACUGGUGUUGCUAGUGGAGCCACUAGAGCAGCUUUGACGCAGCAUUUUGCCCUUCAAGAUAAUGCAGCCGACAUAUCUGCAAAGGAAGGAAGCCAAGAGACUGUUGCAACAAUGAUUGGUAUGGCAUUCGGAAUGCUACUUGCUCGCAUCACUAAUGGACACGCAAUUGCCAUAUGGAUCUCGUUCUUGUCUCUUACCAUUUUCCAUAUGUAUGCAAAUUAUAAGGCCGUUAGUUGUCUUUCACUUACAACUCUUAACUGUGAAAGGAGCUCGAUUCUUCUGUCACAUUUCUUCAAGACCGGCCAAGUUCUCUCUCCAAAGCAGGUCUCGACCAUGGAGCAUAUUCUACCGUUAUGGAUGACCUCAUGGAGCCCUAAGAGUACUUUGCACAAGAAUGUUAGCUUAGGUGUGAGGAUUACUUCACUUAAAUUUCAUGAAAUGGAGGAACUCUUAAAGUCUGCUGGAUCUCAUUACAGAAAAGCUAAGUAUUUACUGCUGGAGAAAAAUGGAAUCAUCAGCAUUGUUGUGCAUAAAGAUUCAACAGCAGCAGAUAUCUUGCAGUCAUUCAUUCAUGCUCUUGUCAUGUCAAAACUUGCUGGCGAGAAGCGAGAUGUGCAUAUGGAGAGUGAAAUGUGGAUUGAAAAGCACUACAAAAUCUUCAUUUCAAAGCUUCAGUCAUCUGGUUGGAAAACCGAACGCCUUUUGUCACCUUCAAUUGGUUGGAGAGCAAACUGGUUAUUGGAGCCUUCUGAUGAUAAAGCGGACUAAUAGCAUUCAAGACUCAUCUGGAAGUCUCCUAGUUCCCGUUGAGAUCAGAUAUAUGGCAUAAUUCUAUUUCAUUCCAUGGGAAUUCUUAGGAUUUUGAGUUUCCAACUUUCUCGCUGUCACCGUGACUCUUGCAACAUAAAGACUGGAAACAAUUUCUUCGGUGAUCCUUUGAUUUUACACCGCUUGAAAUUCAUUAAUUAUUCUUACAGCCACCGUGACUUGGUAAGAGGAGUCACUUUUUGGGUUCAUCUUCCAGAAUCCAGAAUUACUUGAUAUGCUGUUCUGUCCAUGUAGAGGGAGCGCAAAAGGAUGGAGAUAAUGUGAAAGCAUCAUUGCGUAACAUAUUAGGAUAUAACAACCAGAGUGUAUCUCUCAUUGUGGUUUAUAACUUGAUACUUUGUAGUCUUUCUGAGAAAUAAAAUUGUUGUUGAAUGGUGUUCAUUGA